AUGAGCGCCACAGUCCCUGUCAAAAGAAGAGCCUGUGUGGCCUGCACGGCCGCUAAGGCGAAAUGUACACCGCAGGCUGCUGACCUGUGCCAACGGUGCGCUCGUUUGGGCAAGGCAUGCACGUACCUUGACCUCCCGCAGACGAAGCGAAAGCACAAGGUUGCACCAAGCCGUGUGGAUGUACUGGAGAAGAAGGUCGACCAACUGAUGUCACAGCUGGCUACCUUGACCCAACGCACCGUGAUGACCCCGUCCGAUACUCUCAACCCGCCCACCCACGACUCGGCCUCUAGUCAUGACCCGGACUUGGAUUCGGUAGACAUCGACGCGCUGCAUGCUGCUGCUCAAGAUCCGUCACACGGUCCCGAUCCGCCUACUACCUCUGCGAUGGAGGGCCAGCCGACUAUCGUUGAUCGGGGUAUUUUGAGCGAAGCCGAGGCUGAGCGCUUAGUUUCGAGUUUCCAGCUUGACUUUAUUCCUAAAUUUCCUUUUGUUCUGCUUGGACGCGGUGAGACGGCUGAAAGUCUGAGGCGUACACAGCCUUUCCUCUUUUUGUGCAUUGUAGCUGCCACUAUCGGCAGUGCGUCCCCUCUUCGCAAGAUUGUCGCGGAUGAAAUUAUGAAGCAUGUCACCAUGAGAAUCGUGGCACGAUCUGAGAGAAACCUCGAAUUACUCCGUGGUCUGCUUGUUCACAGCGCAUGGUACUCAUAUCCUGGGGAGAAACAUCACCCGCGGCUUCUGCUGUUGAUUCAAUUUGUUGUUUCUAUUUCACAGGAUUUGGGGCUACACAAAAAGACCAAUUUAACUCUAGAUGAGCAGCGGGCAUUACUUGGCACAUAUUGGCUGUCUUCUAGCCUCCAUGGAAGUCUCGGUCGGCUAACUAGCAUGAGCCGAGAUAUUCAAAUCGAUAGGUGCACUCGGAAUUUAUCAUCAACCGAGCAAAUUUCAGAUCGAUGGAUCGCACCGUUCAUUCACAUACAAUCAUUUUUGGCAACAUUGGAUGACGUCCAUGCUUCGAUACAGCCAAGCGGUGGAACAGUACAAGCCCAGGUCAUGCAUGGCUGUCUGCUGCAACAGUUCAAUAACUUGAAAGCAUCCGUGGAGAAAGACCUCGCCGGGAUUCCUUCGUCAACGGAGAAUGCAAUACGCACAGAACUCAAGUACAUUGAGGUACGCCUUGAGGAACUAUGUCUUCGAGAAGAACUGUGGACUAUGGAAUCUACCCACGCAGUCCGCAUCACCAUGUUAAUGAAUAUGAUUCAACGGAGCAAAGAGCUCAUUCACACGAUCAGAAAUUUGCGAAUAUCAGAAAUCAGUCAAAUGACAAUAUCGACAAGUGCUCGUUUAUGUAUUGGAGUGGGCUACAUUCCCACUUUAGUAUUUACCCUGCUCAAUCUCAUUACUGGUCCUAUUGACUCUUCCACCGAAUCCCAAGCCCAGGCUGUUAUCGAUAUGGCAGAUUACCCCAGUCUUGUCACAGAGCUUGCCAACACGUUGGAUGUGAGGUUUGAGGGCAUGUCUACUGCAGAAAAAGAGACAGAUGUUGUGGGCAGUCUCUGCAAUAAAAUGCGGCAGCUUGCUCGAAUUUAUCCCCACCAAGUCAGAAAUAUCAUUGAAAAUGCGCUAUCUCAGGAUGCAAGGCCGGAUGUGUCUAUGGGGGAAGUUCCUCCCAAUGAUGUUGCUAUGGCACCUACAGUUUGGCCGUCGAUAUAUGGCGACUUGGACGGCAUAUUCCCCAUUGAUGACAUUCAGUGGGAUUCUCUUCUGAGAAGUUUCACUGAAAUUACUAGUACUAGCUAG